UUUCCCUGUUUCCUGCAGAUGUUGAGCAGCUGUUGGUGGUUAAAGAAGAAGUUCCCCUUGAGCAGCAGGAGUGUAGCUCCAGUGUGGACCAUGAGGAGACAGAGACCCCCCCACACAUUAAAGAGGAGCAGGAGGAACUGUGGAGCAGUCAGGAGGGAGAGCAGCUUCAAGGGCUGGAGGAGGCUGAUAUCACCAAGUUCCCAUUCACUCCUGUCCCUGUGAAGAGUGAAGAUGAUGAAGAGGAAGCUCAGUCCUCACAGCUUCAUCAAAGACAAACAGCUGAUGGAGAGAAAGGGCUUCACCAGAGACGGACUGAACUCAUGGAAACAGAAGCUGAUGGAGAGGACUGUGGAGGACCAGAACCAGCCAGGAACUCACAUCCACUUUUACAACCAGAGACUGAAGAUCAGACUGGAGACUCUUCGGAGACGGACGACAGCGACUGGUCUCAGACUAACGAAGCUCGCUCGGGUUUAGCGGCGGCUCAGAAACGUAGCAAGUCUGCAGAGAGCAAUGCUGGUUCUCCGGCCAAGGAGCGUCCGUUUCCCUGCUCGUACUGUGGCAAGAGAUUCAGCUUGAAGGGAAACCUAAACCGACACAUCCGAGACCACACGGGCGAGCGCCCAUUUCCUUGCACCGGUUGCGACAAGUCGUUCAAGGACAGCGGCUCUCUGACGGCGCACAUGCGCUGCCACACGGGCGAGCAGCCGUACAGUUGCCUGUUCUGCGGGAAGAACUUCAGCGGCAGAGGCAACAUGACGCGGCACAUGAGGAUCCACACGGGGGAGAAACCUUUCAGCUGCUCGCUGUGCAGCAAGAGCUUCCACGUCAAAGAGCACCUGAGCCGACACAUUAAGUACCACACAGGGGAGAAGCCCUUCAGCUGCUUGGUGUGUGGAAAGGGCUGCGCGCAGAAGACCGACCUGAAGAAACACAUGAGGGUGCACACGGGCGAGAAGCCCUUCAGCUGUCCUUUCUGCGGAAAGAGCUGCUCCGAGAAGGGAGACCUGACCAAGCACAUGCGCGUGCACACGGGCGAGAAGCCGUUCAGCUGCAACGUGUGCGGGAAGAGCUGCGCGCAGAAAGGCAGCCUGAAGAUCCACAUGAGGGUGCACACGGGCGAGAAGCCCUUCAGCUGCUCGGUCUGCGCCAAGCGCUUCACCGUCACCGGGCAUCUCAAGAGACACAUGAAGCUGCACGCCGACGACGCACACUCUCCUUCAGACAAUCAACAGGAAGUGGAAGCUUCGGACAAACAACAGGAAGUGGAAGCUUUGGACACAUCAUGACUAAGAACAGGCGUUUGAAUGUUCCUUCUAAAAAUUACCAUAUUUGCACAUUAAAAAUGUCUUAUAACGUAAUUUAAACAACGUAGACC